AUGAGUUUUCUUCGCGCGUGUUCAAACGGACCUCAGGAGAGCGAGGAGCAUGCUGGACCUGCACAGAUACCUUGCUCAAUCCACCAGACUUGGAAAACGCACAAGCUGGAUGAGAAUUCGACCAAGUGGGCAGCUACCUGGAGAAGACAAAACCCCACAUGCGAGUACAAGCUUUGGGACGACACAGAGGUAGCCUGGCUCGUGGAAAGAACAUCCCCAGAGCUGAUCUGGCCAAUCUGGAAUGGGCUCUUGCCUGUCGAGCAAGCGGAUGCGUUUCGCUACCUUGUGCUUUGGGUUAAUGGCGGCUAUUACGCCGACAUAGAUGUGGCAUGCAAGGUGCCCAUCUCUAAGAUGCCGAUUCCUAAGGAGGCGAGUAUGAUUGUUGGCUAUGAAACAGGACGGCACCUGAGAGAAGAUGAGCGAGAUCAAGUCCGCUUCACGCGCACAGACCAGUUUGAGCAGUGGUUCCUCGCAUCUGCUCCUGGCAAUCCGGUCUUGUUGCGUUGCCUGGAGCUUAUCAAGGAGAAGUUCCUCCGGAGGAUCGAGUCCACGCUGGAGCUAACGGGGCCGGCCACCUUCACUGACGCAGUCAAUGAGUUCUUGGUGAUGGACUCUCCGGAAGCCUUGUCCAAUUUGAUUGCGAGUCGCAGCUCCAAUGAUCGUCUAUUCCCCAGUGAGCGCCUCUACGUGCGGGGCAACUGGACAAUGUGGGUCUUAGCUGCGCAGCGCACAUCCAGCCCUGGGUUCAGCAGUGCUGAUGACCCCGCAAUUCCGCUCGUCACCCACCAUUUCAGGGGGACGUGGAAGCCAGAACACAGCAAGUUUUGA